UCUCUCUCUCUCUCUCUUGUUUCUCUCUCUAGUUUCUCUCUCAUCGUGCGGACAUAAUUUAAGCAAUAAAGAUUGAAGCUUUUUAUAAAAGGGGUCCGAUGAUGCGAGUUUGAACUACUUUGUCUGUGUCUGAAUUAAAGAAGAAGAUAUAUAUAUAUUUAUAUUUAUAUAUAUACUGUAUACACAAAGAACACACGCAGUACACACUUGUUGUGUGUGUUUAGAUAUACAUAUAUAUAUAUAAGUAUAUAUGGCGGGUCGUGAGGAGAAAUCAAGAGACAUUAUGGUGGCGCAGAGUGGAUACAACAUCUACUCCGACGUUUCCUCGAGUACCGGAAACCAGAAUAUUCCGGCGGCGCAGUUCAUGAGCCACCCGCCGACGCAGCAAAGCUUCGAUCCCUCCACCACCAGCACCUCCGCCGCCGAGAUCUACAACCUGACCGCCGGCAUGGAAAUGAUAGGGUUUCCAUCGAAGCAUCAUCAUCAUCAUCAUCAUCAUCAUCAACACACAACCGAAAACCCCGGUUUCUGGAAAGGCUUCUUCUCCUCCGCCACCAAGCCCACCGGAAACAUCAACAACAACAACGGCGGCGGCGCGUCAUCGUCCUCAUCCAAGGAAAUCACCGACGACCCCACAUCCGCCGACCACUUCUACCAACACCAACAAAACUAUUCCGACGCGAUUCAGAACCAGACACCACCGUCAUCGUCGUCGUGGAACAACAUCCACCACCACCAGAACAGAUUCCUCGGUGAUGACGGCGGCGGCGGCGCUGUAUUCCCAUGUGAAGGAAACGAAAGACCAAGCCAAGGACUUUCUCUCUCCUUAAGCUCAUCCAAUCCUUCAACCAUACAAUUACAGUCCUUCCAACUCAUCCGCCAUCAACAACAAAAUCAAAAUCAAAAUCAAAAUCAACACGUGAUCAAUAUGCAGUCCGAUGUUCUUAUGCAUCAUCAUCAUCAUCAACACGUGAUUGAUAAUAUUCACAACCAUCAAUCACAUGCUGUAAUAACAAACUCAAAGUACUUACUCCCAACUCAAGAACUUCUCUACGAAUUCUGCAGCCUCCAAACCGACGAAAUCGAUCACAAAUCGAAGCCUCCCAAACCCACCGAUUCAUCCCUCGUCGACGAAACCGCCAUUAAAACCCUCGACCUUCUCGAGCUCCAGCGACGAAAAGCCAAGCUCCUCCAAAUGCUCGAGGAGGUGGAUAGAAGGUACAAGCGGUACUGCGACCAGAUGAAAGCCGUGAUAUCGUCGUUCGAAUCGACGGCCGGGAACGGAUCGGCGAGGGUAUAUUCGUCAUUAGCGUCGAGGGCAAUGUCGCGUCAUUUUCGAUGCCUAAGGGACGGGAUUGUGAGCCAAAUAAAGGCCGCGAAGAAGGCGAUGGGGGAUAAGGAUGUUUCCGCACCGGGGUCGGUGAAAGGCGAGACGCCGAGGCUAAGAUUACUCGAUCAAACACUUAGGCAACAAAGAGCAAUGCAGCAAAUGAGCUUGAUGGAAUCUCAUCCUUGGCGCCCGCAACGAGGCCUACCCGAACGAUCGGUUUCCGUUCUUCGGGCUUGGCUUUUCGAGCACUUUCUUCACCCGUAUCCGAGUGAUGUGGAUAAACAUAUUUUAGCGCGCCAAACAGGUCUUUCAAGAAGCCAGGUUUCUAAUUGGUUCAUCAAUGCGAGGGUUAGGCUGUGGAAACCCAUGGUGGAGGAAAUGUAUUUGGAAGAACUCAAAGAGGAUGAGGGUGUCGCCGGAGACGGCAGCGGCGGCGGAGGCGGCGCCGCCGUUUACGAGAACGAUGGGCUAAUGAGUAGUCAGAAUCAUUCGAGAAGCGAAGAUCUAAAACCCAGCCACGAUCAGCUUGUAAGAAUGGAUUCCGAGUGUCUUUCUUCCAUAAUCAACAACAACAACGAAGCCAAAAGGAACAAGGGCGGCGCCGCCGCCGCCGUUCAAAACGAGCAGCACCACCAGAUUAAUCCCAGUUUCGGUAGAGUCAUCGGAGACUCGUACGGCUCCGCCGCCAUGGAACUGGACUUCUCUUCGUACAGCCACCAUUCUUCCGGCGGCGGAUCAACCGUCCACUACGGCGGCGGCGGCGGAGGUGGAGUGUCACUGACGCUAGGGCUGCACCAGCACGGCGGCGGAGGAGUGGGGUUAGGGACGACACAGAACUCGCUAUUCUACGGCGGGAGAUCGGAGCAGAUGGUGGAAGAUAAUAACCAGUACACGUUGUUGGACGGCGGAGAAAACCAGAAUCUGCCGUACCGGAAUUUGAUGGGUGCGCAGCUGCUUCAUGAUUUGGCUGGUUAGUAUUAUAUUUUAUUUUGUUUUUUAGGAUUUUUUUUUGUUUUUAAAAAAAAAAUGAAGAAAGAAAGGAAAAGUUGGUGGUGUAUUAAUUUGUCGGUGAAGUGAAAGAAAGAAGUUGCCGGAGAUAAUUAGAAAGAAACAAGGGUUUGGUGGUGGUGAUAAUAUAUGAUACACAAACAUAUGUUAUUACUACAUUCUGGUAUACGUAAAAAAAUAUUAUUAUUUUUAUCUGCAUUUUGGUGUUAGGUAUAAGGAAUAUUGUUCUGCUUAUGUGGCUCCAAUUUACUUCCGGAUUUGCCCUU